AUGUAUUUAUUAGAAUGGAUAUUCUAUACUAGUUCUGUAACAACAACACCAACAACUACAACUGAAAAGUCAACAGAGUCUGAUCAAGACGAUAUCAUUGAAAACUCGCAGGCUGAUUAUAAUACUACCUCGAAAAAGAUUGAUGAUACUAGUAGUAGUAGUAGUGGAGAUGAUGAUGAUGAUGAUGAUGAUGAUGACAACGAUGACAAUGAAAAAGAAGAAGAGCUAGAAGAAGUUGACAUAUUCACAGAUUAUGCAAACAAGACAGAGAUACCUGAUUUCUUUUCACCUGGCUUUGCCAUCCAACCACUCAGCUUUUUAAACGCUGCCUCUCAGACUGUUGAUGAUUCAUCGGGAACUGGCGGCGGCACACAACAACAACACCAAGUAUCACAAGUGUUUCGCUUUGACCAAGACGAAGAACAAGAGAUGGACAUUGACAAACACCAAAGUUCUUCUACACAAUCGAAUCAAUCAACUACCAUACCACCUGCAACUCAAGACAAUCAAGAUGAUGAGGAUGAAGAUGAUAAAGAUGUUGAAAUGAAACCAACAACAACGACAACAACAACAACAACAAAAUUUGGAAUUAAUAAUAACAAUAAUAAUAAUAAUAGCAAGAGUAAUAAUGGUCUUUCAACUCAAGAAUUCAUCUCUUCGAAAUUGACAGAAAUGCCAUCACAGAAAUCACCUGGCGCAUCUGGUAGUACUAUUGAAUCGUCACAAGAGAGUACUGUUAAAAGAUUCACUGUUCUAGCAUCACAGUCACCAAAUUCAUCGCCAUUCAAACCAAUGAUGAAAGAGAAGGCAUCUGGUAUACCACCAACUCCCAUUGACAAUCUAAAGAUACAUACAUCUAUGCAACCUAUGUUUGAUCAACCUACCAUUGAAGAAGACGAAGAAGAGGAAGAGGAUGAUGAUAGUGAAGAGGAAGAUGAGGAUGAUGAUAAAGAUGAAUUAUUUAAUUCAAAGAUAAACUAUCGACAAAAGCUAGGAACAGGGGUUGAAUCAUCUAGCUUUAAUAUGAGUCGUUUUUUCAUGAUAGGUUUCGUAUCUCAAUCCAGACAAACUUCUGAACAACUUAAACAACAACAACAACAACAACAACAAAAGAUACAAGAACAAUCAAUGAACAAACAAAAUACUACUACUACUAAAACUAGCAAAGAUGAAGAGAGAGAAGAAGAUGAUGAAGGUGUUGAGGAGGAUGAGAGGAAUGAGGUUGAGGUGAUCGAUUAUAGAUGUAGUUUGGAGGAGAAUCGAAGGAUGAUAGUUUGUAUUCGUUCUGUAAUCGUAUGUAUUACUGAUUCGUCGGUUUGGUUCAUUAGAGCCAAAUGCCAUCGAUUACAUAAUUCUAACGUCUUGUCCCAGUUUACUUUUAUAAUAUGUCGCAUAUCAUUUAGCAAUCUAGCUCGCAGAUAUUGUUCAGUAAUUCAUCUCUUUGGUGACGUAGAUCAUUACGUCGGAACCAUAUUCGUUUGA